AUGGCCUCAGCCGCUACUCUUUCCCCCUGCUCCCAUGGCUCUCUGCUAGCAGAAAAGCCAAACGACCUCGAGAAGCCUCACCAUGUUCAGACUACACUCACCUUCAACAAAGAGAGUGAAGAUGGUUCUCCCCACCCUCCAAUAUGGAUUGGAAAGCCAGAAACAAUUGAGAGACCUAUGAUCUCCAUCCCCGCCACUAUCCACGAUGUUAGCGGCCAUGAGAGUGACUACACCCUUGACAGCCAUGGAUUCCAAUUCCACUACCACGAGAGCAAGCUGAAGGACUUCCUCGACGACGAGGAGAUCCGAGCAGAAUACUACCCAGAGAUAGAGCAACUGCUCAAAGAAGUCACGGGUGCUUCUCGGUUCUUCAUCUUCGACCAUACCAUCCGCCGAGCUCCCACGGACCGGACGAGCGCGAACCAGCCCCGUGGGCCCGUCCAUACCAUGCACAUCGAUGCCAACUACGCAGGAGCGGAGGCCAGAGUCGUCCACCUGUUCCCCGACGAGGCCCCGGAGCUCCUCAAGGCCCGCUACCAGAUGAUCAGCGUCUGGCGUCCGAUCCGCACGAUCCUGAAGCACCCGCUAGCGGUAGCGGAUUCAAAAUCCUGCUCCGAAAGUGACCUUUCCCCUAUCCCAUUUAUUUACCCUGAGGAAGAGGGUGGCUGGGUGGGUGGGGCAUGGUCCGUGAAGCCGAAUCCGAAUAUCAAGUGGUACUAUCGCUACAAGCAGCCUCCGAAUAUGGUCACUUUUAUCAAGUUCUUUGACUCUAAGGUUGAUGGGAGGGCGCGGCGGGUGCCGCAUGGUUCUUUCGUUAACCCCGAGACGGAACAUGAGGCCCCGAGAGAGAGUAUUGAGGUGAGAGCUUUGUGUUUCCAUCCUGAGGAUCGUGAUCAGGUUGCAUCAGGAGCGGUUUGA